GUGGGUUGUUCUCAGCUGCUGAAAGAGUCUGAGAAACCAAUGCAAGGAGAGGCUGCUUCUGGGCAGAGUGAAAACCUGUCCAGCAAUUCCCCAGGAGGGGACAGUGCUUCUGGGGAGCUUGAUAAGAAGGCAAACUUGCUGAAGUGUGAGUACUGUGGGAAGUAUGCCCCAGCAACCCAGUUCCGUGGCUCCAAGAGGUUCUGUUCCAUGACCUGUGCUAAAAGGUACAACGUGAGCUGCAGCCACCAGUUCCGGCUGCAGAGGAAGAAGAUGAAGGAGCUGCAGGAGGCCAGCUACGCGCGGGCACGCCGCCGGGGCUCACGCCGCAGCUCCUCCGAGCUGGCCCGGGCCAAGAGCCAGGGCAAGAGGCACAGGGGCCAAGAAGACUCGAGUCGAGGCUCCGACAACUCCAGCUAUGAUGAAGCUCUGUCCCCUACGUCUCCAGGACCCCUGUCAGUCAGGGCCAGUCACGGGGAGAGGGACCUGACAAACUCCAGCAUGGCCCCACCUACCCCAGAUCUCCAUGGCAUCAACCCAGUGUUCCUGUCCAGCAACCCCAGCCGCUGGAGCGUGGAGGAGGUGUACGAGUUCAUCGCGUCGCUGCAAGGCUGCCAGGAGAUCGCCGAGGAGUUUCGGUCGCAGGAGAUUGAUGGCCAGGCCCUGCUGCUUCUCAAGGAGGAACACCUCAUGAGUGCCAUGAACAUCAAGCUGGGACCAGCUCUCAAGAUCUGUGCCAAGAUCAACGUCCUCAAGGAGACCUAA